UAAUCAUGUGAGGCCCGGAUUUGCAGGCAGCCAUCUCGCGAGAGGCGGCUGUCGGAGGGGGCCCUCAGCAUAAAUCGACGGGGGACGCUGGGGUGCGGCUGCUUCGUGUCAGGGACUCAGUGCAAAGAGCGUGUUGGUUCCAGGAAGCUCUUGAGCCGGUGACAGCGGCAGUUCCGGUCGCUCCGUGUCUUGCCAGCCUCUGAAACAUUCAAGGCUGGAACAUGGCAGUGGUGUCAACUGUUUCACAGCAGAAUGUGGUUUCCAGGGUUGCCAACCUUCCCCUGGUGAGUUCCACUUAUGGUAUGGUCUCCUCUGCUUAUGUCAACACGAAGGAUAACCAUCCUUACCUGAAAUCUGUAUGCGAGAUAGCAGAGAAAGGAGUGAAGACCAUCACUGCAGUGGCCAUGACCAGCGCUCUGCCUAUCAUCCAAAAGCUGGAGCCUCAGAUUGCAGUUGCCAACAGCUAUGCUUGUAUAGGACUGGACAAAGUUGAAGAGAGGAUGCCUAUACUGUAUCAACCAACUGAUAAGGUAGUUGCUAAUGCAGUGGAUGCAGUUGUUGGUGCAAGGGAUGUUGUAACAACUACUGUGACUGGUGCCAAGGAUACUGUUGCGCAAACCAUUAAUGGAGUCGUCGACAAGACAAAAGGAGCUGUGCAGGACAGUGUGGAGUUGACCAAAUCAGUUGUCAAUGGUAGCAUUAACACUGUUCUGGGAAGCCGGGUAGUGCGUCUGGUGACCAGUGGGGUGGAUACUGCACUCAGCAGAUCUGAAACUCUUGUAGACCAGUACCUCCCACUUACAGAAGAAGAGCUAGAAAAAGAAGCUACAAAAAUGGAAGGAUUUGAAAUUGGAGUUCAGAAGCCAAGUUAUUAUGUUAGACUAGGCUCUUUGUCUUCAAAGGUCCGCUCACGUGCCUACCAGCAGGCCUUAAUCAAGGUCAGAGAUGCUAAGCUCAGAAGCCAAGAGACAAUCUGUCAACUCAAUUACACUGUUAAUUUGAUUGAAUAUGCCAGAAGGAAUAUGAAUAGUGCCAACCAGAAACUCCAAGAUGCCCAACAGAAGCUGUAUAAUUCCUGGAUAGAAUGGAGGAAAAACACAGGCCAAAAUGAUGAGGAUGACUCACAAAGUGCUGAGCACAUUGAAUCACGCACACUAACAAUUGCACGGAAUCUGACUCAGCAGCUUCAAACCACCUGCCUCACCCUAGUGUCAAGUAUACAAGGCUUGCCACAGAACAUCCAGGACCAGGUUCACCAUGUUGGGGAAAUGGCAGGGGAGGUCUACAGAAACUUCCGAUCAGCAUCUUCCUUCCAAGAAGUGUCUGACAACCUUCUUACCACCAGUAAAGGGCAGCUGAAGAAAAUGAAGGAGUCACUGGAUGAUGUGAUGGAUUAUCUUGUAAACAACACGCCACUCAACUGGCUGAUUCCAGAUUUUGCUAUCACUGACUUGUCUUCAGAAUCUGAUGAGAUACCAGACAUCUUGGCUUUGGAGGAGGAAGGGCAGCAUGAGUAUUCACGUGCAAAUGGACCAAUCACCCCAGGACAAAGAGCUGAAUAAACACCAAGCAAGCACACACAAAAACUACUUUUGAUUCAAUAAAUAUAUAUGCAUACACAUCUUUUCCUAACUUAUCUUCCUGCUUUUUGGAAUGGAGUUACUUAGCUAUUGGAAAGUAUUGGAAUUGUUUAUAUUACUUCUGUUUCAUUUAGAUCGAUCAAAAUUCUAACAUUUAAAAAUAAUAAUUGUGGAACACAUUAGCUUAACAUAUUAGCAUGGAUGACAGACCUUUUUUGUCCUCCAGGUCAGAUAAAUGCAUUCAACUGGUCUGUUUAAUAUCCAUUUAAGACUAUAUCACAGUUUGGACAGCAGUUGCUUCUGAAACUGUGUUCCUGCCACUUUGACAUGAAAGCCUGUCUAAAAGAAAAUUUGCUGGUUGAAGUUUUAGUUCCUCUGUAAAAUACUUCUGUACUGCUCUAUCUACAUAUUUAUUUGCCAGGAAGAAAAACAAGCUAAGAUUCCUCAUCUCUUUCUGUUUCAGUUAAAUGUGUCUGCAUGAUUCUGUACUAAAUGUUUAAAUAAUUACCCUUUGGGCUCCAAUGCAAUGGAAGGACUCAAUGUCUGUUUUCUUCACAACUUUCUCUUCUAAGAUUGUGAUGCUCUAGCAGAGUGCAACUCAAGUUCCCAGAGAAGUGAUAAACCCUAUCUCUGGAUUGUACCAUUUCAGAAUGUGAGGGACCAUAUGAUCAAAUGUUUCUCCAUACAACGCAGUUCUUUGCACAUAGAAAUGUAACAUGUCAGGGAGAAGGUUGGACUAGGACUCUCCUUGCUGACAUCUAAUUUUAUUGUUAUAGGGAACAGCAAUCAUGUGAGCCCCCCACUUGUAGUCAAAAGUGGUAUAACCCAGAUACAGGCUCACAUUCUCAGCUACAAUUAGCCUUUAGAGCAGGGAUGGGGAACCUGUGGCCUUCCAGAUGUUGCUGGACCACAACUUCCAUCAUCCCUGGCCAUGCUAGCUGGGGCUGAUGCGAGUUGGAAACUAACGAAGUUUGGAGGGCCACAGGUUUUCCAUUCCUGCUUUAAAGAGUCUGGAGUUUAAAGAGGACAAACAAUGUAAAAGUAGAGCCAGAUGCAGGUUUACAAAAUGCAAAUAGGAAAAUUCAUGACAGGAAGGAGGUGUUCAGAAAAAGAAAGUUGUAGUGAAAUGCAAAUGAAAAAUGGGAAAAAGAAUAUGAAUGAGAGGGAGAAAGCUUCCCCCUAAAGCAAUGCUCCUGCUCUCAACCCCCAGUUGCUUCAACAGGGGGCUGUAUAGUUCCUGUGGUUUGCCAUCAGACAGAUCCUGCAUUUCUUGAUGAAAAGUGUGAGGAAGCUCUAAACAGAAACCAAAAAUGCAGAAUCAGACUUACUUAACAAAAUGAUAUUAUCAAAAGGUUACAGCAUUUAUUUGCUCAGAUGCGCCUUUAAAAUCAUUGGCAGAUUUUUAUUUAUUAUGGGAAUAUGAGGAUAUCCUAUGGUGCUAUUUUUCAUAGGUUAGGUCCACAGGUCUGGAUUCACAAGGGAAUAUGGCAAGUUCUAUAGCAUGAGGCGGACACCCCCACUCUAAUGUAAUGUAUUACCAGAGAUAACAUGAAAGUGUGAAGCACUAGUCACUGAAAUGCCUUGGAAAUAAAGUUUGAAGUAUAACCUGA